CGUGAGCAUCCUCCGACUGGCUACUGUCUCACUGCUGUCGGUGGCAUCGCAUCCGUUGGGGCCUCCCGGGUGGUUCCCUUCGCUGGGCUGUUGUGACGUGAGGAAAGUACCGAAUAGGAUGGUGAGAUAAGGCGCCAGUGAAUGAGAGGCGACGCCGUGUAGUUAGUGUCGCCUGCGGUCCUGUGAUAUCCUGACGUUGUGAGUGAGUUAUAGAGGCGAGGUAAUUCACACCUAGGUGGGAGGGGGAUCGGCACCCCACGGUAUUAGCCUUAACAUUUGAAGUUGUACGGAUUCAUCAAACUGGAUACGUAACAGCUGUAGAUUAGUAGCUGGGAGUUGUUGCUUUGGAGUAACAACACAGUCUGUUUUCUAGAAUUAUUCGCUGACUACAAAGUAUGACUACAUUUGAUGGUAAUAAAAGAAACAGAUUGUGAUGUUCCUCCGGACUGCAUGUAUGGAUAGCAAGGAAGUGCUUAGAAAUCACAGCAGAAAUUCUCCAUGCUUUUGGCAAUCACAUAUGAGGAUUUCAGAAUUAACAUGAGUAGUGAGUUGAAUGUCCCAAUGGGGUCCCCAGCUCCACCCCCUCCGUGUUCUGAUCCUGGCAGCAGAGGCAUGGAUUACCGUGACUGGGUCCGACGCAGUUAUCUUGAACUGGUCACUUCGAACCACCACUCAGUACAAGCUCUUUCCUGGAGGAAAUUGUACCUGAGUAGGGCCAAGCUGAAGGCUUCCAGCCGCACAUCUGCACUGCUUUCUGGAUUUGCCAUGGUUGCAAUGGUGGAAGUACAGUUGGAAAUGCAGUACAAAUACCCAAAAGUCUUGCUAAUUUCCUUUAGCAUUUGUACCACAGUACUCGUAGCUGUGCACCUUUUUGCCCUUCUUAUUAGUACAUGCAUAUUGCCGAAUGUUGAGGCUGUUAGCAAUAUCCACAAUCUUAACUCAGUUAAUGAAUCUCCACAUGAGCGGAUGCACCGCUAUGUUGAGCUGGCAUGGGGAUUUUCUACUGUUCUGGGAAUUCUUCUUUUCCUUGCUGAGGUGGUUCUGCUUUGUUGGAUCAAAUUCCUCCCUGUGGACUCCACAGUAAUAAGGAAUGGAACAAUCACAACACGAGCAACAAGCGGGCAUGCAGGAUGGCAAGCAGCCUUGGCAUCGACCAUGAUUAUGGUGCCUGUUGGACUCAUCUUUGUAGUUUUUACAAUUCACUUCUAUCGCUCUUUGGUAAGACACAAAACAGAUCGACACAAACAGGAGAUAGAAGAGCUGCAUAAAUUAAAGGUUCAGCUGGACGGCCAUGAUAGAGGUGUACAGCUGCUGUAGUGAUCCUACAAAAACAAACAUAAACCAACUAAAAGCUUCUCUUGUUUAUAGUUACAUAAUUUUCUCUAAUUAACUAUUUAUCUGUGUCAACACAUUGGACUGAGUGUGUUUGUAAUACGUACAAAAUCUUUAGAUUAUUUUUUCUGACUGGAACAUAUGGUUAUAUUUAGUUUGGUAUGUUUCAGAGAUUUACCAUGGACAAACGAUGAAAGAUAUUCAUUUAAAAGUUUAAUACUGCCAGCUGUCAAGCAAUUUAGUUAAAGUAGCAGGAUUCUGGUUUGAAGAAUAUGUUAUAUAUUGUUUCUUUGCUCACUUUUGCCCUGAUUAUUUGAUUCAGCAUCGCUUGUUUUCUUGCUACAAAAAUAAGACUUGUUAGUAAAAUAAUAUAGGUUGUGCCAUCAUAAAUGUAUGCUACAGAACUUAUAGGCAUAUUUCAAGAUACUUUUCUGAUGUUUACCACUCCUGACUCCAUGAAUGUUUGUUCAACAAGUUAAAAGUCUCAAUUUUUAUUAGUUUUCCUUUUCUUCACCAGAGGUCACUGUAUUUAUUGUUGUGAUUCUCUGAAACGUUGUAAGAAUUUACUGUAAUGUGGUGUCAUCGUUAUUCCCAAAUAAUCACAUGACAGGGUGUUCAAGUAAGAUAUAAAGCAUACAUUUCAGAAAAACUGAACACCGUUCCAACUUAUUUGCAGCUUUUAACAUUCCAACAAAUACAUUUCUCACAGCUGAGUUAAAGAAAUGUAAGGAACACGAAUAAGCGAUUGCUUUAUUGCAGCAGAAACGACAAAAAGGUAGGCCAGUAAAAAUACUAAUCUGUAUAGCCAUGUACAGCUGAGAUAUGUCAAAUGUAUUGGUAAAAAUGUGAGGUGAAUGCCGGCUGUAGUAUGCCUGACCUGUUGGCAUCCACCAACACAUAAUCUUUCAGAGCACACUCACAAUGGAAAAACAGUGUAAUAAAAAACAUCAGAUCAAA